CUCUUCCACUCCCAAUCCCACCGCUUUCCCAUUUCCGUUUCCCGUCGACGACGCCGUCGUCUCCCUCUCGCUGGUCUCCGCCUCAACGCCGAGGGAUCUGCACCCGCGGGCAGCACGGCUGCGCUCCACCUCGAUUGGACAAACAAUAUAAUGCCAUUAGCUGGAUAAUAUUUGAGGUGCUCCAGGCUUGUUCAUUUUUGGGAAUCAUCAAAAUGUCAGGACCACUGAACUCAAACAUUAGUGGGGCCACCUCAAACCUUCGAGAUUCAACAGGAAGGUCAUUUGCAUCAUCUUUUUCCGGUCAAUCUGGAUCACUUCCGGGUUUCCAUCACUCAGGUUCACACAACAUUCAUGGAAAUCUCAAUCUCACAAAUAUCUCUGGAUCGUUAGCACCAAGAAAUAAUUCAAUGGCAGGUAUCCCGUCACCAGGGGUUCAACAACCUGGUGGUAGUAUUUCCAGUGGUCGUUUCCCCUCAAAUAAUCUCCAAGCUUCCAUAUCUCAGAUUCCUCAUGGUCAUUCUGGAAUCAGCAACAGAGGAGGUAUGAAUGUUGGGGGAAAUCCUGGAUUUAGUAGUAGCAUGAAUGCUAUUGGUGGUUCAAUACAAGGUUUAUCCUCAAACUUGGCUAAUGUGGGUAACCGCAAUUCUGCUCCUGGGUUGGCAGCUUCUCCAGUUUUGGGGAAUUUAGGCCCACGAAUGACAAAUUCUGGGAAUAUUGUGGGUGGGAGCAAUAUUGGGAGAAGUAUAAGCUCUGCUGGGCUGUCUAUGCCUGGUAUAGCGUCUCGCAUGAAUUUAAGUGGCAACUCUGGAAGUGGGGCUAUCAAUAUUCAAGGAUCCAACCGAAUGAGUAGUAUGCUUCAACAAGCAUCUCCUCAGUUCAUGAACUUGCUUGGAAGUUCUUACCCGACACCUGGAGGGUCAUUGUCUCAGAAUCAAGUACAGGCAGGAAACAGUUCUUUAGGAUCUUCUGGGAUGCUGCAUGAUGGAGGCUCCGGUGACAAUGCCCCAUUUGAUAUAAAUGACUUCCCUCAGCUAACUGGACGGCCUAAUUCUGCUGGAGGUGGUCAAGGGCAAUAUGGGUCACUGCGAAAGCAUGGAGUAAGUGUGAAUGCCAUCGUGCAACAAAAUCAGGAAUUCAGCAUUCAGAACGAAGAUUUUCCAGCUUUACCAGGAUAUAAAGGUAGUUCCUCAGAUUAUGCUAUUGAUAUGCAUCACAAGGACCACCUUCAUGAGAAUGUAAAUAUUAUGCAAGCACAACAUUAUCCUAUGGCUAGAUCAUCUGGCUUUAACUUGGGAAGUAGCUACCCGCCCCGUCAACAUCAGCAGAGUGCUAAUUCAGUUCAAAACGCUGGGCUGGAAAAUAUUGGAUUAAGGCCUGCAAAUUCUCCAAGUCCGUCAUCAAAUUCGGGAGUUUAUGAACAGUUUAUGCAGCAGUACCAUCAACCGCAGACUCAAAAUUCACUUAGGUUGCAGGCAACUUCAGGCCCACAAUCAUUCAAGGAUCAGAGCCAAAAAUCUGUUCAGGGAACACAAGCUGCACCAGAUCCAUAUAGUUUACUUGGAUUGUUGAGUUUAAUAAGAUUGAAAGAGCCUGGACCAACAGCUCUUGCUUUAGGGAUUGAUUUGACAUCGUUAGGAUUGAAUUUGAACUCCCAAGAUAAUCUUUACAAGACUUUUGGCUCUCCAUGGUCAAAUGAGCCAGCUAAAGGAGAACCUGAUUAUCAGAUCCCGUCUUGUUUCUCUGCUGAGCCACCACCACCGCUACAACCAUUACAUUUUCAGAAGUUUCACCCCUUGACAUUGUUCUACAUCUUCUACAGCAUGCCUAAGGAUGUCGCCCAGUUGUAUGCUGCUAAUGAACUAUACAAUAAAGGGUGGUUUUACCACAAAGACUACCGUGUCUGGCUCACAAGAGCUCCUAAUGCCGCGCCUCUUGUGAAAACUCCACUACAUGAACGAGGGUCCUACAUUUGUUUUGAUCCAAACAUCUGGGAUACUGUCCAUAAGGACAACUUCGUUCUCCAUUAUGAAGCAGUGGAGAAGAGACCUGUUCUUCCUUCUUCUGCCCAAAAUCUUAGACGAGAACUAUAAGCUGUUGCCCUAGGUUCUCCUGAAUUUGAAGUUAGCUUGUUUUGGUCAGUCUUCAGUAGCUGUUGUCAACUUGUCAUAGAUGGGAUGAGUUCAUAGAAAAUCAUUCUGACAUGCAUGCUGUUCUGGAAAAUGGAGCUCCUUUGUUGGCCGGCAGCCCUGCCAGGUGGCAGCUGUAGACAUGUAGCUGAGAUUAAUGUGCUUCAUAAUUCGUUGGCUUUAAUCAGUAGGGCGAUUGUAACUAUGUUUUGAGUUUCCCCACUUUUUUUUUGUGAUGCAGUCCCCGUGACGACUGUAAAUGUUUUGGCUUGAGUCACAUAAAAAAAAAUCAGACUUUGGAUU